AUGGUCUCAACUCCUACUAUUUCCCGCCAGCGACCGGGAUCCGCUUGUGAGGAAUGUCGUCGUCGCAAGGUUCGCUGUGACCGACGACGUCCCCAGUGUCAGGUCUGCUUCGAGACGGGUAUCGAGUGCAAAAUUAAUACCACAAGGCUACCCCGGGGUCCCCGCAAGGGACAAUUACGGACUCUUCGCACACGAAUUGCCGCACUGGAACGAUGUCUGGCCGACCAACACCCCGAAAUCAACCAGCAGAUGGCCAGUCUCUUUGACGGCACGGUCAUUGACUGUGACAGUGAAGAAGAUCCGCUACGAGACCUGCCUCCGCUGCCCGAUCCGAUCUCAGGCACGAUCCCCGAUCAGUCCAGCGAUGACCGCCGGACUGGGACGCGAUCUCCGCGAUCGCCCGAAUCUCCGAACCGGCCUUCCAGCCUCGUGUCUGACUUGAUGCGAGCCGAUCUGGACCAACUCUACUUUGAUCGGGUGCACCCCUUCGCCCCUAUUUUGCAACGCUGGCGCUACCACACUUGGGCGAAGCAGCCCAAGAAGACGGAAGCGCAGACCUGCCUUCAGUAUGCCAUGUGGACGCUGGCGGCCAGUAUGUCGGCCCAAUUUCAGUCUCUCCGCGACCGGUUGUAUGCAGAGACGCGACGGAUGCUCGACUCGCUGGACCUCCAAGGACCUCCUACGGAUACGGCGCCCGGAAUCGAGCCCGCACAGGCGUGGAUCCUCGUGUGCAUCUACGAAUACAUGCAGCAAUCGCCGCUACAGGCAUGGAUGAGUACGGGACGAUGCUGUCGGUUGGUCUUGGGGAUGCGACUGUAUGAGCUGGAUGACCCGAAUAGUCCGGUGACUAUGGCGCGCGAGCAUGAGACGGUGCUGGUGGACUGGAUUGGGCUGGAGGAGCAGCGUCGGACGUUCUGGAUGGCCUACAGCCUGGACCGGUUUAUCAGUUUUCACAACGGGUUGCCGUUCACCUUGGAUGAACAGUUGAUCACUACACGCCUCCCUUGCCCUGAAGAAGACUUUCAAGCUGGACAGCCCACCCUGACGUCCUACCUGUCCGAUGUCAUGUCUCCUUCUGCCCCUACUUCUCCUAUUCCCACUGCAACCACCAUUCCCUCUCCCACUGUCUUUGGUCGAUCCUCCCACUCUCAAAUUCUUCUCCCUCACCCUCCACCACCUACUCCCACUGCCACUCCGACCUUCGGCCUCCCGGAUCUGCUCUCUUCCUUCACCGAACUCAUCCUCAUCGCCACCAUCGUCGGCCGCGCUCUCACCCACCGCCAAACCGUAGCCGUCGAACAAAUCCACCCGCCCAACUUCACUCAAAUCUCCUCGGACAACUUCUGGACGCGACACAACUAUCUACACGAACUGCUCACCUACCGCAUUGCCACUUUGUCCAGCUACCCGCAUGUUGAUCCCAUGCUGAUGUUCGCCCGCAUCGUGGCCCAAAGCAUGGUGCUGUUCCUGCACAGUGUGCUCGAGAGCAUUACCUGGAAAUCCGGGGAUCACUUGCUGGGGAUUAUUGAGUUUGAGCGGGUGUGUGUCCUGGCGGCACACGAAGUAGUGGGGUUCGUGAAGAUGCAGGGGCAGCUGGGGUAUUUCAAGGUGCAUCCCCUUACGCCGAUUCCUUUGAUGAUGUGCACCGAGUUCUUCUCGUCCCACGGGUACCUCGAUCCGUCGUUCGAGAUGAUGAUGCAUGAACUGGUCGAGAGCCUGCAUGAUCUUGAUAGGGUGAAAAAUCCCGUGCAGAGUCCGCCGUUGUCGGUUCAAUAA